UUUUCAUUAAUGAUUUAUUAAAUGUUAUUGAAGUUCAUUAGAGUUAAGUAAUUGAUGGCUACGAAACACUUUUUUCUAUUAAAUAUUAUUGGUUCUAAGUCCAAUACGCAUUACAGUCUUCAAAAAUAUUUCGAGACCGUCACACGGGCUUCUUAGUCAAAAUUCAGGAAUCGAAAAGAAAGUUAUAAUAUGAGUACUAAUAUCACUGUGAAUACAAAGGGCCAGAUAAAUGACAAAAGGAAAGAUAACAAUGGAAUACAUAAAGUGAUUUAUUCUUUAAAACCACUGUUUAUCUUCGAACACAUUUUUGGAGUGUUUAGAUUUUGCAUUAAAAAUAACGAUAUGAUCGCUACCGACUGGAGAGUUAAAGGAUUUGGAUUAUUUUUAGCGAUGAUUUCCGCUGGCACGUUUGGAUCAUUUCUUCUCAACUAUACGCCUAUAACAGAAAUCAAAACAAUUGCUUCAUUAAUUGGAAUUUUAGAAUUUUCCAGCUCGAUACUAUGUUACAUAUUGUAUAUUGCAGUUGUAAUAAUUCAUUUGUUAUGGAGGAACGCUGAAAACAUUCGUAUCGUCUCAAAUUUUGCGGAAAUCGACUCAAGAUUGAACCUCACUUUGAUGGAAAACUUUUACAAAACUACAAGGAGAUAUAAUUACACCAUUAUUUUUGCAACACUCGUCUUAAAUUCGGUAUACUUCGUGUUGUACUCCUUGAGUAGAAAUAUCACUAAUUAUAUUUAUUUUUAUAUUGUCGGCAGUAUAUACACGUUGCAUGACGUUGAAAUAUUGUUUGUAUGUGUCUUGGUUCACAUGCUUAAAGUUCGACUGGUUAUAAUCAAUAACAGUCUCGAUAGACUUGUCAAAGAAAAUGAAAAAAAGCACAAAGCAUUCGCUACGACAAUUCGCCAGGAUAAAAUGGAGACAAAACUGCAUGAACUCUCGCAGGUGUACGACGUUAUCGGAGAGACGAGCCGCUUGAUAAAUAACCUCUACAACUUUCAAAUCUUCAUGUCAUUAAUAUCUACGUUCAUUAACGUACUGCUUUCUAUAUGGGUAUUAUUGUAUUCGUUUCAAAAAGAGAUGAUUAUUGUCGACUUAAUAUUGUCCAUUGGUUGGAGUGGUAUCAAGUUGUUUUACUUACUGGUAUUAUCGCUUGUUUGCGAUGGCUUGCUGUCGGUGCGUGGGCAAACAAAGGUGUUGGUAAAUGAGCUGGUGAUGGACUACGACCUGCUGCCGAACGCGCGCGCGCAGGCUAAGGCGUUCACUCAGCUGAUCGAGGCGCGCCCACUGACCAUUCACGUUUACGAUAUGUUCACUGUAGAUAUCACUUUGAUGUUGAAGUUCAUAAGUGUUUCCACUACAUAUUUAAUUAUCAUUAUACAAAUUACAAAUUUUGUUUGAAUGAUAGGAUACCUAGUCAAAUGAUGAUCGAGUAUUGCACAAAUUUGAUACAAUGCACCGCGACUUUCAUACGUUGCAGUUUUACGUUACGUGCUAAAAUUAAAGUGUAAUUUUUCCUUGUUUCCUUCUAGUUUUAUUUGUUCCUUUGACCAAAGUCACAGAAAAUCAAAUUAGCCCCUUGAAGAAGAAUUUGAAAAUGAAUUGCCUAGGUAUAAUUCAUUUAUUAUCCACUUAAUAACCUUUUCUAAAUCUAUGAAUCGUGUAUUUAUUUGUUUUUUUUAUCAUUUAUUUAUAUUUUAAUUUAGUAAAAAGUAUAUUAUGUUUCUUGAAUAAAUAUUCAAUUUCUCCUUCAAAGUUCAUUAAAUAAAAAUGUUCUCUAAUGAAUUAAUACCAUUUGCUCAUAUAUACUUAAACCUAAUGGU